AACAACAAAAAAUUGGUAUAAAAAGGCUGUUAAGCUUUCAGUCAAGCGUUCAGUUUCAAACGUUUCCAGUUAUCGACGACAACAACGACACAACACAACACCAUCAUGAAAUUCCUAUGCAGUAUUUUAAUCCUAGCUGGAUUUUUCGCACUGAACGAUGCUUCCUUAACGUACGAGGAGGAAAUGCGCAUAGUUAACGAUCAAUUGUUGUUGGAAGAGUUAAAGUUAAUGACAGAGAACCGAGGAGCAACUUCGAUAGAAUGUUCCCAAACAUUACUUACGAAACUCACUGAUAUCUUAGCCACUUACAAUAAUGAAUUGAAUUUUUGUAAUCAAACAAAGGAAGACACAAUAGCAGAUUUGAAUAAAAUUGCUAAGAAAUUGGUUAAGUCUUAUGGUAAGACCAUGGAGAGCUCAUGCAGUGCACUCAGCACUUGUGGAUCAUUGAGUACACCAACUGAAAGUUUUGCCUGCUUUGAAGAACAGGGUUCUGAUGAAGCUAAGACAUUAACAAGUGUAUCAAAUGAUGCUUCAACAAAGAAAAGUGAACUGGAGAAGGAUAUUGAAAAUGCUGUCAGUACCGAGGAUGUUUGCAAGACUCUAGCUUAUGCAUUAUACAGCGACCAAUCAACUGAAGCCAAUGCCGAAUUCACUAGAUGUGUUAAUAAUAAGGAUGGUGAAAGUGAACAAAAACCUACAUCGACAGCAGCCCCUGCAGAAGAAAGUGAAGAAAAAGAUGAACGUCCAAGUUUCAGGGCCAACAAAUUCAUGAGGUUUUAAGUUCGAAUGCUCACAGAUCUAAGGUCGAACUGAUAAAAAUCUACUUGGUGCUGAACAAACAAUAAAAAUAUUCUUUCUUGA